ACUACAUUACGGAAUAAUACUGCAUUGUCUCCCUGGCUCUGUGUUAUGUGGCAGCCGCGUCAAGUAGGGCGGGAAAUACAGAAGGUGAACGCAAAACAACAGCUAUCCACGGCCAUAAAACGAGGGGAUUAUCUUACUGUCAUUCAGCAGAAAGAUGGAAGCUUCUUCAGUUGUUGUACCAAAAACAAGAAGUCGUCUAAAUGUGUUAGAGUGUCGAGUUUGUGAAGAUGUAUUCACCCUUCAAGGUGACAAAGUUCCAAGGUUAUUAUUGUGUGGACACACUGUCUGUCAUGACUGUUUGACUCGGCUACCAGUCCUUGGGCACAAACUUCACUGUCCCUUUGACAGACAGUCAACUGAACUGGGUGACUCUGGAGUCUGGGGUUUAAAGAAAAAUUUUGCAUUGUUGGAACUGUUAGAACGUCUUCAAGUGCUACAAGAACCAUCAGUAAUAAGUGACAGUGAGAGCAGAGAUGACACUGUUAGAUGUGAUGAAAAUGAAGAGCACAUUGCCAACAUAUACUGUACUGUUUGUGAAACUAACUUGUGUGGUGAAUGUGCAGAGGGUACUCACUCCACCAAAACUCUAGUGAAGCACAGAAGAAUUCCCAUUUCUGAGAAACCCAAAGAAAAGCCAAAAUGUCUACAACACUCAGCUCAUGUCAUAGAAUUCACAUGUUUAGAGGAAGAAUGUCAAGAUAACUCACUGAUGUGCUUUGUGUGUCGAGAUUAUGGUAAACAUCAGGGACAUAAGCAUACUCUACUUGAGAAUGAAGCAGAGAACAUGCGUGCCUCUGUGACCAAAGUCAUACAGCAUGUUAGAACCUUUACUGAUGAAGUUGAUGGGUCAGCUGCAAGGCUUUCUUCAGUUAUUGAAGCAAUUGAAGGUGGGGUGUUGAUGCAAGAGGAUGAACGAGGAAAUCUCGUUGCGCAACAUGUUGCUGGAACUGCAGAAGAUGCAAGAAGUAAAGUGCGAGCAUAUUUUGAUGAUCUACGAGAAACAGUCAACCGACAAGAGGAGGCUGGACUUGCUGUUGUUAAUAAUUAUGUGAGAGAGAAACUACUGUCACUCAGACAACAACAGGAGGACAUGGCUGUUUUGAUGUCGCAAGUAACAUCUGUCUGUGUUGAGUGUGACAGAGCACUCAAGAGGAGUGAUGCUGAGGUAAUAGAAGCCAGAAACAGUAUCCACAGUCUUUUGGAAACAGUACAAGACCAGCAGGAGCAGUUCACCAACAUUGCUAGCCUCUGUGACACAGAUGCUGCCAUCCCUGUUGCCUUUACAAAAGACAAUAGGGUCCACAUAGGCCCAAAAAUGGAAAUGAGAGUAGUUGCACUGGGACUUGAUGGAGCAGGAAAGACUUCAAUUUUAUUUAAAAUGAAGCAUGAUGAGUUUGUCUCGCCCAUAACAACAAUUGGAUUCAAUGUGGAAACUGUUGAACAUCGCAGUUUAAAGUUUACUCUUUGGGAUGUUGGUGGUCUGCAGAAACUCCGUCCACUUUGGAGACAUUAUUACCUUAACACACAAGCUGUGAUCUUUGUGAUUGACAGUAACAAUUUAGAGCGUAUUGAAGAGGCUCAUGAGGAACUUGCAAAAUUAAUGGCAGAGAAAAGACUGAAAGAUGCUCUGUUGUUGAUAUAUGCUAACAAACAGGACUUGCCCAGUGCUCUCAGUGUUGAUGAUCUCACUGAAAAGCUUGCUCUCCAUAAGCUGUGUUGUGGAAGGAGCUGGAACAUAUUUGCCUCUGAUGCACAUUCUGGCAAGGGCCUACAUGAAGGCUUAGACUGGCUUGCAAGACAACUUAUGUCUGAGUUUGCACAAUGACUGAUAGUAAGGGCAAGGAACAUUUGUGAAGAAUGGACACACUUGAGUUCAACUCAAAAGCAAAGGUCAAGCCAUGUUAGAGACAGAAGACAGGUUAGAAGUUGGUAGCUUAGGUCUUAAGGCAGCUAGGGUAUAGUUAGAUAUGAAAGGUUAGUUUGCCAGCAAGCAGGGUGGCUGAGUGGUGCUGAACUGUUGAUGUGUUGGUCCACAAUCCAAGAAUCAUUCUUGAAAACUGCACUAUUUGAAGAGGUUAUAUUCUCAUAUAUCAAUAUCAAUUUUCCAUGAAAAUAUUUCUGGUAUGAGUAAAUCAAUGGCUUUCACUCUAGUUUUUCAUGAACAGAUAGAAGAAAAAAACCCAUAUCUCUAAUCUUUUGAACCAGAAUCGUGGCUGUAAGGUGAUAUUACAACUGAUAUACAAUAAUAUUCAUCUUUUUCAAUAUUUAUGUUUCUUUAUUAUAAGUAAAAGUGAGGUACAGUACAUUGACUUUGAAACAGAACUAAUUAAGAGCAGAAUCAACUAAUUAAAAUAAAGACAAUACUGAAGUUAAAACAAACUAGUAACACUGGCAAUUUUUGCAUUCUUUAUGCAAUUUGUACUAUCAUAAUGAUAAAGUAAACUUAAUUAGCUGUAUAUUAGAUAAAAAAGAUAAAUUCUUAAAAUAACUGAACCCUGAGUAACCUACAGAAUGCAGCAUGCAAACUACAUGUAAUAACACUGUAUCUUUGUAACCUUUAGUUAGGAAACACCCCAGAAUAAGGGGAACUGUUUCAAUCCAAAUUGGAAAUGACUUUCUUUUUUUCCAAAGAAAACUCUCAGAUUGUAUUAAUGUAACAAUCCUACAACUUAUGUCUCAGGAAAUGUAAUCUUAUUACCCUUCAACGUGCUCAGGAGUGAACACUUGUAUGUUUUUUUUAAAACUGGCAUUGCACUUUAGGUCUAAGUUAACAGUUUAAAACAGUUUUCUGUGGAAGGUUUUGGUACUCCACAUUAAACAGAGCCAAAGUA